AUGUCGUCAAGAAUUGAGCGUAUGUUUUCAGGCCCAGCCUUGAGAUUGGCCAACAUGUUGGACAAACUUCCUAAAAUCUACAAUGUUUACUUCAUUGCCAGUAUUUCAACUAUUGCUGGUUUGAUGUUUGGUUUUGAUAUUUCAUCAAUGUCAGCAUUUAUUGGAUCCGAUCCGUAUAAAGACUAUUUUAAUACCCCCGGAUCCACCAUUCAAGGUUUCAUAACAGCGUCUAUGGCGUUGGGGUCAAUUUUCGGAUCCAUUGCAUCUGCAUUCGUUUCCGAACCAUUUGGAAGAAGAUUAUCGCUUAUCAUUUGUUCGUUGUUGUGGAUGAUAGGUGCUGCUGUCCAAUCAUCUUCCCAAAAUAGAGCUCAAUUAAUUAUCGGUCGUAUUAUUUCCGGUUGGGGUGUUGGUUUUGGGUCAUCAGUAGCACCCAUUUACGGUGCUGAAAUUUCCCCGCGUAAGAGAAGAGGUACUGUUAAUGGAUUCUUUCAAUUUUCAGUCACACUUGGUAUCAUGAUCAUGUUCUACAUUUGUUAUGGAACAGGCCAAAUCAACGGUGUAGCCAGUUUCAGAAUUGCUUGGGGUAUCCAAAUUGUUCCCGGGUUAUGUUUGUUCUUGGGUUGUUUCAUCAUUCCUGAAUCUCCACGUUGGUUAGCCAAACAAGGUAAAUGGGAGAAAGCAGAGGAAAUUGUUACAAAGAUUCAAGCACAUGGGAACCAUGAAGACCCUGAAGUUUUGAUUGAGAUUGCUGAAAUAAAGGAGCAAUUGUUGAUUGACCAAGAAGCAAAAGCAGUCGGUUAUGGUACCUUGUUCCACAAAAAGUUUCUUCGUAGAACACUUACAGCGAUAUUUGCUCAAAUUUGGCAACAGUUAACUGGUAUGAAUGUUAUGAUGUACUACAUUGUGUACAUUUUCGAGAUGGCAGGAUACAGUGGAAAUACCAACUUGGUUGCUUCAUCAAUCCAAUACGUCUUAAACACCGUUUGCACUGUUCCUGCAUUAUACUUUUUGGAUAAGGUUGGUAGAAGGCCAUUGUUGAUUGGUGGUGCUAUUAUGAUGGCAGCAUGGCAAUUUGGAUUAGCUGGUAUCUUGGGUGCAUAUUCAGAACCAUGGCUCGAUUCACCAAGUGAAAGUGUUACUAUCCAAAUUCCAAAGUCACAUUUACCUGCUUCUAAUGGUGCAAUUGCUUGUUCAUAUUUGUUUGUUUGUUCAUUUGCUUCUACUUGGGGUGUUGGUAUUUGGGUUUAUUGUUCAGAAAUCUGGGGUGACAACAGAAUUUCACAAAGAGGUAACUCAUUAUCCACUUGUGCCAAUUGGUGUUUCAACUUUGCUAUAGCAAUGUACACACCAUCAGGAUUUAAAAAUAUUGAUUGGAGAACUUAUAUUAUCUACGGCGUUUUCUGCGUAACCAUGGCCGUUCAUGUCUUUUUCGGGUUCCCAGAAACCAGGGGUAAGAGAUUGGAAGAGGUUGGACAAAUGUGGGAAGAAAAUGUUCCGGCUUGGAGAUCAGCUUCAUGGACACCAACCAUUCCUAUUGAUCCUGAUUCGGAGUUGGCAAGAAAGUUGAGUAUUGAACAUAAAGAGACUGGUUCUCAAUCUGACGAAAAAGUUCAUGAUGUUGAUACUCACUCUGCUUAA